AUGAAUGUGAUGGAAGAGAAGCCAGUCAUCAUCCUAUUCUACAAGUGUAAAAAGUCUGAAGUGGAUGCACAUGAUUUUCCAGAUUCCGCUCUUGAUGCAAUUCCUUCUGGGACCACGACUGUGCGCAUUUCACUGGCCACUACAAACAGUUCAGCUGAGCAGCUCCUGGUGUCCGCCCUGGACGCGGACUGCCAGGGAGUCGUGAUUCGCUGCGACGAUGCCGUCGCUGCUGUGGACUCCUUUCUCAAGGCGUCCAAACUGGCCAUCCGGAGGGGAAAACGCCGCUUACUGGUGUUGCCGAACAGGCGAACUUCCUCCACUAACGUAUCUGAAAUUUUCUAUCUCCACGGUAUUGGGAAUAUUCACGACAUCCUUGUUGCAAGGCUUGUGGACGAAGCUGACAGCUUCGAGCUGGUGACCCUAAAGUUCACAGGAGAAGCGACGUGGCGGGACGAGGUGGUGACGGCGCGCUGGCGGCCCGGAAGUGGAUUUGAGCCGCCAUCGGCGGACCUCUUCGCCGACAGGACUGCAGACCUGCAGGGCCGCCAGAUGGUUUUCGCAACAAUCAAUUACCCUCCGUACGUCGUACUCAAGACAGGUUCCCUUCCCGCGGAUGGCACCGAAACUCGCAUCCUAAUUGAGUUCACCAAAAAGAAGAAUGCGACGUGGCGCGUGGUGGACUGCGAAGAGGACAAGUGGGGCGCGAUCUGGCCGAACGGCUCCGGGAACGGCCUGCUGGGCGCCGUGGCGAUGGACGAGGCGGACGCGGGGUACGCGGCGGUGUACCACUGGUACCCCGAGUACCACUUCGUGGAAUACACGCGGCCCUACGUGCGUGCCGGCCUCACGUGCAUGGCGCCGCGCCCGCUGCUGCAGCCCGGCUGGCAGGUGCCCGUGUUGCCCUUCUCGCCCCUCCUCUGGGCGGCGGUCUGGACCUCCGUCAUACUCGCCACUGUCGCCCUCUACACAGCCAGGAUGGUCUCCAGCUGGCUGCUCGAGGAUGGGCGGGCAGUCGGGCGAUACGCCACUGUGGAGGACUGCUUCUUCCGGUCGCUGGGCCUGCUGGUCCUGCAGACGCCGGACGUGGAACGGCGCCACACACGUGUCGUGGGCCCCACGCGCCACGUGCUGUCAUGGCUGUUGAUCGCCUACCUGCUCGUCACCGCCAGCUACGGCAGCGGACUCUCCUCCGUGCUCACCAUACCUCGAUAUGAGCCACCAAUCGACAGCGUCGUCGACUUGCGCGACAGUGGUUUGGAAUGGGCUGAAACGCACAUUGCAUUUCUAAAUUCGCUGAGAGGUCGCACUGAGCAGGUGUAUUUGGACCUAAUCAACCAAUACCGAGUGCUCACAGUGGAUAUCCUGAAGUCCAGGACCACCACACGUGAUUUGGCCUUCAUCAUCGAGAGACUUCCUGGAGGUUAUUUUACCAUUGGUGACUACAUCGACGAGGAGGCUGCAAGCAGAUAUCUACGCCCAAUGCGCGAGGAUAUUUACUGGGAAUACGUGGUUCUCGCAGUGCCCAAGGGCUGGCCGUACAUACAGCAACUAGAUGAGCUCAUCGACAGACUGUUCGAGGCAGGAAUCAUGCAUGCAUGGGAAGGACAGGUGGCUCGCAAGUGGAUGGCACCGCGUGUGCAGCUGGCCGCACAGACGGGCCUUCGGUCGUACGCGCAGGCGCCGGACGGCCCGGUGAAGCUGCAGCUGACUCACGUGCAGGGAGAGUUCGCGCUGCUGGUACUCGGCCUCUGCGUGUCGCUGGCCCUGCUGCUGGUGGAGAUCGCCGUCCACCGGAGGACUAAAAUCAUCGCAGAACUGAGGGGUCCAUCUGUCACUACACCGACGAUGAGGCGGCACUGUUGGGAAGAACGCAGCCGACCAUAG